ACCUUCGAUUUGUGAAGCCUCAUGAAUUUCUUCAAUAUGGAUUGGGUUGCCUAGAGAUGUUGGCUGAUAUUGGGGACUCAUGUGCCAAAGAGACUCGUGAAAAGCUAAGGGUUGUGGUUGUAGGAGGUGAUGGCACGGUUGGUUGGGUCUUGGGAAGCCUGGGAGAGCUUCAUAAACAAGGGCGGGAACCAGUUCCGCCAACAGCAAUUAUUCCACUUGGUAUAGGAAAUGACUUGUCUAGGAGUUUUGGUUGGGGUGGCUCAUUUCCGUUUAACUGGAAAUCAGCAGUCAAACGAACUCUCGACAGGGCUAGUACAGGUUCAAUAUGCUGUUUAGAUAGCUGGAAUGUUUUGAUAUCAAUGCCUGCUGGGAAAGUUGUGGAUCCACCCCAUGCUCUGAAACCUGUGGAAGAGAUUUCCCUUGAUCAGGAAUUGAAAAUAGAAAGGGAAUUGCUUGAGAAAGUGUCUUGCUAUGAAGGCAUGUUUUAUAAUUAUUUCAGCAUAGGAAUGGAUGCACGAAUUGCUUAUGGCUUUCAUCAUUUACGCAAUGAAAAGCCUUACCUUGCACAAAGUCCUUUUGCAAAUAAGUUGAUCUACUCUGGCUACGGUUGCAAACAGGGAUGGUUCUUCACACAAUCCAUAAGUGCUCCAAGUUUAAGGAAGAAAGUUUGGAUUCCUUAAUUGAAGAGUUAAGAA